AUGCUCCGUUCCCCGUGGACUAUGCUGUGUGGUGUCGGCCCACCGGGUCUGGCGCCAAAGCGGAAGCCAAAGAUACGGAUCGAGAGUGGUUAUGAGCGGGAGAACCAAAAAUAUUACGAAGAGCGUGGGCACUUUUUUUCCGCCUUUGCAAGCAUAUCUAUUCUAUCACUCGGUUGUACCUUCCUAUUCGUCCCUUUGUAUCGUAUGUACUGCGCCCCUACCGGCCGCGGCGCAGACCCGAAGUUCUACACGCCACAGGCUCAACGGGACCGAGAACAGUUGAAUGAAAUGUAUCCUGUACCCAAGAAGCUCCUCAAGGUGCGUUUUCUGAGCGAUGUCGGCAAUACGAUGCCUAUUGCCUUUGUUCCACUGCAGAAGGAGGUGGAGGUCUUGAUAGGUGAACCUGCUCUGGCCUUUUACUCUGCAUAUAACCGUAGCAACCGCACUCUUUUGGGUGUUUCGUCCUAUACAAUUGCACCACCGGAGGCAACAAACUACCUGAAUAAAAUUCAGUGUUUCUGUUUUGAAGAACAGCGGUUUAAACCACAUGAGUUAGUCGAGAUGCCAGUUUUCUUUUAUAUUGAUCGUGACUUUCUUAAUGACCCGAUGGUAAACUGGCUAGACGAGGUUAUUGUCAACUAUACUUUCUUCAACUUAGAGAAAACUAAGGACAUAAUUUUUCGGUCGAAUUUAGCGUAG